ACACCCCAUCCCAAAUCUAUCAGUGGGGCGGGCGGAGGCUGAGUCAUUCCUAAGAGUAACUUUAUACCGAUCUCGCACUCCGGGGUCGGGACAAAGGUAUCUCUGCGUUCCUCCCGCUGUGUGCUGCGUUCGGCCUCGGCCCAAUUCCUCUCCCCGGGUUCUCAAGUCACAGACAGCCUUAGGGCUAAGUCCAGCCGUGACCACAAGCGAGGAUGCUUCCCGGUGGGGUCGGCGUCCCUCGCCCUCCGCCACUCCCGAAAACUCGGCCCGCGGCCGGCCGGGGACGCGUUCACAGGGAGGGACCCGGGCGGCCCCGGCCGAGGAAGCCGCACGCAGGCCCGCACCGGGCGAGUCGGCCCCACACCUCCCGCAGCCCAGCGGGGCUUCGACUCAGACCGCGUGUCUCCACCGGGGCUGUUGUGCCGGGGAGGCAGCCGCAGGGCAACACCUGCCGCGGCCGGAUGCGCCGGGCCCGCGGGCGCACACACCUGCGCGCGGGCGGCGCUCGACCCGGCGGGGACCCCGGCGUCCCCGGCCCACCGUGUCCGGGCUCGCCGCGCGGCCGCGGUGCCAGAUGGGGGAAGGGGACCCGGGCGGCGACAGCACUUACCUGGCAGCACCUCCUCCUCCACCGGCGGCAGCAGCAGAGCCGGCAGCCCCUGGCACCAUCUUCCGCCGCCGCCUCGUCCGCGGCGGCGGCUACCAACCGCCCAUCGGGCACCGCCAACCGACACAACCGCCGGCGUCCCAGGUGCCGGUCGCGGCCCCGAGCUCCGGGCGGGAGGGAGGGGUCGGGGCGGAGAGGGGACGCUGUCAGGCCCCUCGGCUCUGGGUCAGGGGCCGGGGGGCAGGGGGCCGCGGCCGGUCAGAGCCGAGGGGCCGGGGCGAUACGGAGACCCCCCCCAAGGCAGCGCCGAGGGCUCUGCAGGGCCGCGGACACCGCCGCGGUUGGGUUUGUUAUUGUCGACUCCGUCCCUUCCUCCGCGGAGCACGCCGGGAAACGGUGGGCGGGGGGUGGGGCGCGCCGGGCGGCCGGGGCGGCGCAGAGAGGCGCGCGCAGGUCCGGAAGUCGGCAGGCCGCCGGGAAAAGGGGGGCGGCUCCGCCCUCAGUCGUGGUCGGCCGGCCUGCGACUUUGCUGUCCUCUUCUGACCCGGGGACACAGCUGGGGCGCCCUUUGGCGGUGCGAGCCGCGGUCCGGCCGCGGACUGCCCCAAGGUGGUUUUGACCUUUCUCGCCACCGCGAGUUGGCCUGAGGCGGACCCCGCCGAAUUUUGGAUUAGCCCCAGGUCAAACAGCUUAUCUCUUUCCACCUGUCGCGGAGGAGCGGGGCCCACGGAGGUUGUGUGCCCUCGUCGCCCGUCCGCAUACCGGGCAAGAUCUGUAAGAGGAUGACGUACCUGGCUGUGGCCCGGCCAGGCUAGAUUGCCACCACCGCACCCCCACCGCCGGGACUUGAAACAGCUGAUAAGUGGCUCGGGUAACUUCGAGUGUGGGGCGGCACGAUUUUUCUCGGACCAGGUUAUCAAGUAAUUAUAAAACGAUGUGAAUGAUGCAAAUACUCCCAGUGGGAAAAGAGGCUCCAGGGAACUACUUGACGUUCCUGUUUCAAGAAGGUUGAAAAUAUCCAACACCGCCAAACAAUAAGCUGAGCAUCCAGCCUUUGAAAAGAAGUUACGGUAUGGAUGUCUUCAACACAGUGGAUAGUACAGAUUCAAAAGAAGCAAAAAAUCUGUGUUAAGUGAUUAAAGACAUACGUUGUUUUCCUAUUUCAUGAAACUCAGUAUUAACUCUUUACAUGAAAACAUUUUUAUUAUAUUUCUGUGUACUGGCAAUAAACAUUUGAAAACAUGAAACUGAGAAAUUUUCAUUCAUUUUUUUUUUAAUUUGUUAAUGCUUAUUUUUGAGAGAGAGAGAGAGACAGAGACCAAGUGCCAAGCGGGGAAGGGGCAGAGAGAGAGAGGGAGACACAGAAUCUGAAACAGUCUCCAGGCUCUGAGCUGUGAGCACAGAGCCUGACGCGGGGCUCAGACUCACAAGCUGUGAGAUCGUGACCUGAGCCAAAGUCGAAUGCUUAACUGACUGAGCCACCCAGGUGCCCUGAGAAAAUUUCAUUUAAAUAGCAUCCUUUUAAAAAUAUAGUAGGAAUAAAUUUAGCCAAAGAAAUUCAAGACGUGUACACUGAAAAUUGUAAAACAUUGUUUGAAAUGUUGAAAGAAAUUAAACAUCCCAUGUUUGUGAAUCACAAGACUUACGGAGAUGGUGAUAUUUUUCCAACUGAUAACACAGAUUCUACACAAGAAAUCAACUGCUAUAAAUUUAAAGUUAAUUGGUUUCCAAAGAGAGUACCAAGACAUUUCAAUGGAGGAAGAAUAGCUUUCUCAACAAAUGGCAUCGGGGCAACUGGAUACCCACAUGUAAAAAAAAUAAAGUGGGGCCCCCAUUUCAUACCAUGUACAAAAAUUAAACUGGACGGAAAACCUAUGUAAUAGCUAAAACUAUAAAACUCUUAGUAGAAAGCAAUAGGAGUAAAUGUUUGUGAACUUGGAUUUGGUAAUAGUUUCUUAGAUACGACACCAAAAACACAGUCGAUACAUGCACAUGCAUGUUAGAUAAAUUGGACUUCUCAAAGUUUUAAAAACUUGUGCUUCAAAGGACACCAUCCAAAAAGUGAAAAGACGAUACAGAAUGCGAGAAAGUGUUUGUGAAUUACCUAUCACAUAAAGAACAAGUGUCCGGAAUAUAUAAUGAACUCUCACAACUCAAUAAUAAGAAGACGACCCAUUUUUUUCAAAUGGGCUUAAGAUCUGAACAGGCAUCUCUAAAGAUACACAAAUAGCCAAUAAGCACAUGGCAAGAUGCUCAAUCUCGGUCAUUAUGGAAAUGCAAAUUAAAAUUGCAAUGAGAUACCACUUCACAUCCUCAGGAUGGCUGAAAUCAAAGACAUAAUAACAAGGAUGUGGAGAAAUUGGAACUAAUAUAUUACUGGUGGGAUUCUAAAAUAGUGCAGUCACUUUUGAAAACAGAUUAAUUGUCCCUCAAAAGAGUUAACAGAGCACCACAUAGCCCACCAAUUCCACUCUUAGGGGAAUAAAAAUAUACGUCUCCACAGAAACUUGCACAUAAGUGUUCAAACUGCAUUACUCAUAACAACAGUUGGAAGCAACUCUAAUGUCUAUCAACUGAUCGAUGGAUAACCAAAAGGCGUGUUCAUACGAUAGAAUAUAUAUGAUGCAAGAGUUUCAAUUCCUUAGAGUAAAUAGAAUCACCAUAAGACCCAGUAUUUCUGCUCCUCGGUAUAUACCCAAGACGGCUGAAAACCUGUUUUCCCAGUAAAAUGUCACAAAGGUUCACAGCAGCAGUCUUGACGGCCAAAAAAGAAUGUAAGCAUCCCAAAUAUCCACUGAUGAAGGGAUACACCAAAUGGCCCAUGCAUGCAGUGGAGUAUUAUCUGGCAACAAAAGGAAAGAAGCACUGAAUCGUGGUACAACACGGAUGAGCCGCGGAAAUACACUAAGCAAAGGAUCUAGUCAGAAAAAGCCACGUACUCUGAUUCUGCUUGUACAAAAUGUUCAGAAUAGGCAGUUCCUAGACAGAAAGUAUGUGAGUGGUUGUCAGGGGCCCUGGAAAGGGAUGAAGAGGGUAUGGCUGCCGGUAGGCAUGAGGCUUCUUUUGGGAAUGUUGAAAAUAUUCUGAAAUCACAUAGUGGUGGUUAUACAAUCACAUGAAUAUACUAAAAGCCCCCACAUUGCACACUUUAAAAUGGUCAGUCUUUGGUAUGUGAAUUCUAUUUCAGUGUAACUGUUUCUUAACAUUUUAAAAUGAUAUUUAAAAAAAUAUAAUGAGAUAAAUAGCAGAGAGAGAAUAGCCCCAUAAAUCACCUGUUGCUAAGCUUGGUUCAUUUAACCAUCAUUGAAGUGAUUUAAAAGUACUUUAUGUAUGUAUGUACGUAUGUAUUUAUAGAGGGUACAAGUGAGCGAGGGUAGAGAGAAAUGGGGUUCACCCGAAGCAUGGCUUGAACUCACGAACCUUGAGACCAUGACCUGAGCAGAAGUCAGAUGCUUAACCCACCGAGCCACCCAGGUGCCCUAAAAUUACUUUAAAAUUGGGAGUCUGAUUUAACCCUCACUUGAGGUAGCAGUCCUUUAGAAGGAAAAUCUAAUGGAAAUGUAAUCGAUAGCCCUGGGUGCAGGCAGUGAUAAGGUGGUGCAUUGUCUACAAUCGUCAAACAA